AUGAGGGCCGGCCGUGGUCGUGGCCGUGGCAUCGGCGCGCAGCCGUCAAAUGAAAACCAGAAUCCGCGGAGGAAUGAGCCUCGGCAGCCGGGCGCUAGCGGCGGCGGUGCAGCGGCAAGCGGACGGGGCAUUUACUCUGCGGUGAAAUUCGUGUACGAGUAUGAAACUGUUCGCGGGGGCGGAUAUGACACAGGCGACCUUGACGAGGCGAGGGGUUCGGAGCAGAGGGACGUACGGGGGAGGGGUGAGGAGGAGAAAGGAGGAGUUGGAGAGGGACGAGCAGCGCAGGGAGCACGCGGCGGUGCGGAGUGGCGUGGGAGGAAGGCGCGUGGCGUGUGGUUGAGGCUGGCGUGCGGAUCCUCGCGAGCUCAAGGUCGGGGGGACGGGAAAGGUCCUACUGGUGGCGGUGGUGCUGGUGUGCAUGCAGGAGCAGGCGGGCACAGAGGCCUUGGGUACGGGUCUCACAGGGCAGAGGUAUCGAGUGGUGCCGGGACGAGCGAGGGCGCAGCGAGGACGUUCAGGCCGGGCGGAGUGCUGCGAGGGGACGGCGAGGGUGGGGAGCAGGAGGAGAAAAAGGAGCACGCAGGGGUUGGGGACGACGGAACGGACGGGGGGGAUGCCAAUGAGAGGGGGGUACAAGGGACGGAGGGGGACGAGGCGAUGGUGGUGGAAGAGAAAGUGCAGGGCGGCAAAGGAGGAGGUGAUGGGACGACGGCUGUAUCAAGUGGCUCACAGGUAGGAGGAAGCAGCAGCGGCGCGGAGAGGGAGACAGCUGUGCUGGGGGCAGCAGUGGAAGCAGAGAAGGGCAGGGCGGUGACGGUGCUGCCUGUUUUCUUCGACAGGGGAGGCUCUUCCACUAGUAGCCACGCACCGGCUCAGCCGGGCUUGGAUGCAAGGGGUUCUGCUGCUGCUGCUGCUGCUGCUGCUGCUGGCCCCGUGAGCCUGUCUAAGCAUGCAGAUGCUGGGUCAGGUGCUGCACCAGGUGGUGCUGUAGGAGCGUGCGAGGGGCUGCCUGUGGUGGAAGAGAGGGGGGGGCUCCUACCUGUUUUGGAUGACAGGCAAAAGCGCUUGCCGCUGUCCGUAGGAGCAGUGGAAGCAGCGGAAGUGACGUGUCCUGCAGACGUGGCAGUGCGGUUUGAGAGGCUCCACAUGGGCGUGGAGGCCAUAGGGGCAGACGGGGUGGGUGAGGGGGCGGAGGGAGGGGCGGAGGGCGAGGAGAAGGAGCGGCGAGACAGCAGAGGAGUGCAACAAGGAAGAAGAGGCCAAGGGGGCUCACCAGGCCAGGGAGGCCUAGGGGGUCUAGUGGGUCAGGCGGGUCAAGGGGGUCAAGGGAGUGUAGGACAGCAGUGGGGUGAGGGAGGUUGGCAGCGAGGCAGGGGAAGGGGGCGUGGGGGCAGAGGAAGAGGCAGGGGCGGUGGAGGGAGGAGGGGCAGGGGAGACGAGCAACAAGUGGAGGUGGGGAGCGGGCAGUGGGCGUGGGGCCGGGGCCAGGGCGGAAUGCUGGAUGGGGGGGUGGAGGACGUGGGGUAUGUGACUGUUGGCGGUGUGACUGUAUCGACAGGUAGAGGUGUGGGUUGGCGUGGGGGGUAUGAAGGGCAGGGGUAUGGGGAUGGAGGGAGGCAGGGGCGUGGAAGGGUUGGGGGUGGGGCGAGGGGUAGGGGGAGGGGGAGGGGUGGGGAAAGAGGUGGGGGAAGGAGAGGUGGGAUGGGAGGAGAGGGAGAGAGUGAGGAGGAUGGUGACAGUGGGGAAGAGAGUGAGGAGGGCAGCGAUAGUAGCAUCGAUGCUGACGUGGCACUGGACUUUAUGGGUAACCUUGUGGAUGAUAGUGAUGAUGCGAGCAUGGGGGAGGGCGAGGCGGACGAUACGGAUGAGGAAGCGGAUAAGGGUGAGGAGGUGGUGGUAAUGGAGGGAAGGGUGGCAGAGGAGGAAAAGGUGGAGGAGGAAAAGGUGGAGGAGAAACAAGUGGAGGAGGAACAAGUGGAGGAGGAACAAGUGGAGGUCGAGGAGGAGGCGGCAAAGGAAGAAGUGGGGGAGGAAGAGGCAGAGGAGGUAUUCAAUGAGGAGGAGGAGGGCGAGGAGGGCGAGGAUGAGGAGGUGGAAGAGGGGAACGGGGAAGAAGCAGAUGCAGUGGUGGGCGAGGGCGAGAGUGAGAGCGACGGCGAGGGCGAAGAAGGCGGAGUGUGGUACGAGGAGGAGCGGCACACUGGGCUGGGGUACUGCGCUGGUGCCUCCGCGCCCUCUCCCGAGGAGUUCUGGAACCACCUCAAACGUGUCAGGGGCUUGAAACAGGGGGGCCAGGCGGGCGACAGAGGAGGAUCGAGGGCAGGCGGGGCGGCAGGGCAGGGCGAAAUGAGGAAGGGCAGUGAAGCAGGGGGCCUGGAUGCUGGGGUGCAUGGGGAGGAGGCGGAAGGUGCAGGCGCGGAGGAGGAUGCAGACAAGGGGGAUCGGAAGGGCGAAGGGGAGGAGGAAGAAGAGACCCCGACACGCGGCAGAGGGCGGGCAGCGAGGGGAGUGGGAGCAGGGAGAGGAGGGGGGGCGGGGAGAGGAGGAGUGGCAGGGAGAGGGAGGGCAGGGCAAGCAGGAGCAGGAAAGGGGGGAGCUGGGGAAGGAGAAGGAGCAGGAGCAGGGGGUGCGGAGGGCAGUAGCGGCAGGGGAGGGAUGGGGCGCGGGUCAAAGAAGGCUGCAAGGAAGGCAAAGAGGGCCCUGGCGAAGCAAACCAAGAAGGCGGCAAAAGCGGCGGGCAGCAAGAAGGGGCGCAGGAAGCAGGCGAGGGAGCUGAAGCGCAUGCAGCGAGCUGUGGGAUUCAGCCCCGAUGCUGCUGACGUGGACCUCAUGCACCUCAACCAGGGCAUGCAGCAGGUGGCGGUGGGCCGUGUGGACGUCUUUGCGUCGCCUCCAUUGACACAGCACCAGUUCUCCAUGGUACAAGGCAUGGCGCGCUCAUAUCGCCUGACCACCACGGUGCAGCAGAGUGGCAAGAGAAAGAUGCUGCUCUUUCGGUCUGGGCGGCACACAGCAGUGCCACAGGGAGAUGACAUGACUCGAUUGGAAGAGAUUCUCGGGCGCUUCAACCUUGCAAGAGCCGCUGCCGCAGAGUGUGGUGAUGCGAGCAGCAGGCCGGGGCAGCGGGGGGUGAGGAGGAAGGGUGGGGACUACAGAGAGCGGCGGCUGGCUCAGUACAUGGAUGACAUGGAUGUGGAGCGAGGAAUCGCUGAGAUGGAGGAGAUGAUGCUCAUGAUGGGUGAUGAUGAUGACAGUGAUGAGAACGAGGAUGAGGAGGAGUCGGAGGAGGAGGAGGAGGAGGAGGAGGAGGAGGAGGAGGAUGAAGAUGAUGAGAGUGGGGAGGAGGAUAGCGAAGAGAGUGAAGAGAGUGAUGGGAGCGAGGAGGAUGGGGAGAUUGAUGGGAGUGCUGAGAGUGAGGAGGGUGGGGAGGGUGAGGGAAGCAGUGAGGAGGAAGAUGCGUUUCUGGAGUUGGAGGAGGAGGAGUGGCUUGUGCCGGACGGGGGCGACCAGGAGGUGACUGAGGUGAGCGUGACUGUACAGAACGUGCAGCAGUCAGGCUCAGAAGCAGAGGAGGUUUUGGGGGUUCUGAUGAGUGAGGAAGGUGCAGAAACGGGUGUGGGUGCGUCCUCUGGUGCGAGCCCUACAGGCAGUGUGGCGGGUGUCACAACAAACGCAGCGGAUGCUGCCGCUGCAGCCAGUGUAGGGGCCUCUGUUGCCUUGCAGGGACAGGUCGCUGGUGUGGCCAUUGGUCAGGAGAGAAGGACUCUUCAGAGCAAAGGUGGGGCAAAGAGUGGCAGGCAGGGUAACGGAGAGGCAAGAGGAGGCCGACGAGGGCAAGGUGGCAGCGGUAGCAGAGGGAGGAGAGAAAGGGGAGGAAGGGAAGAAGGUAGGGUUGACAGGAGCAGUGUGGGUGGCUGUGGUGUGGCAGCGGAUUUUGCAAGUUUUGAGGCGCACACGAGGGGGUUUGGGUCGCGCAUGAUGGCACAAAUGGGUUUCCGCAUUGGCUCUGGCCUUGGGAAGGACAAGCAGGGCAUUUCCGAGCCUGUGCAAGCUGAACUACGACCCAAGGCCGCUAUUCGUCUCCCCGUCACUCGACCGGCAAAUCGCAGCCCGUAUUCGAGCCGUGACGUACACAUUCAGGAUGACGAUGACGAUGACGAUGACGAUGACAGCGACGGAGCAGAGCACCCGAGUCAGGAAUCUCCUCUGCCGGAAGCCGAAGAGAGCGAGAUUGACAGUGUGGAUGAGGAGGAUGACCCAGGGGACUCGGAGCAGUUGGACGGCGCUGCGCCGAUUAACCGCACCAACGCCGACCCCGGACACGCGGACGACGAGUCAGAGGACGGGGAAAGCGGAAAUUCCCCAUCGCCUCCGUCUGCGCCUUCGCCUCCGCCAGUGGACCUGGCGGAGCAGCUGCGCCUGCCCGAGUCGUGCAUCCUGCGCCGCUCCCUAUCCCGCACCGACCACACCGCCGCCAUUGUCACUCUGCUGCUCCUCCCGCGCUAUCAGCCCACCUUCCCCAGAAGCUUCCUGGCGCAGGUCGACUCACGGAUGAGGCGGCACGAGAUACACCUGGAUGCCAGGCUGUACGGGGAGUACUCGCUUGUGGCCCUCACUCAGCUGCUGCCGCCCCUUGCGCCUCCCUCCCUGCCCACGCCGUCGCCACCGCCCGUUCCGGCCCCACCAGCCCCAGGCAACAGCGGCAGCAGCAGCGGUGGCGGUGGUGGUGGUGGCUACACCACCAGCAAUGCCAGUGCAGAGCCAGAGGUGCUGAUCAAGGGCAAGGGGUCAAGCAGCGACCUGCAGCACCCAAUCCAUCCUGCACAUUCGGAUGAGGAUGGGGAUGCCUAUGCAAAUUGCUGUCUCGCGUCAAGCACAGCUGGAUUCACGGCAGGGGCAGCAGGGGCGUACAGUAAGAUGGGUGCACGCGAUGACGGAGCGGACACAAGGGCAGAGCCUGGAGACGAGUGUGUGCGUGCUGCUGUAUCCGCGGCUGCACUGCCCGCUGCAGGGCUGGGUUGCGGGCGGGGCAGCGAGGGCAACAGCGAUGGGGGAGUUGCAGGGGGCAGCGGAAAGGGAGGAUUGGGUGGGCUGUCCGGGGUGAGGGAGUUCUCCCUCCAAGAAAUGGCUCUCGCCACCAACAACUUCCACGAGUCGUCAGUCCUGGGCGAGGGCGGCUUCGGGCGAGUCUACCGCGGCAACAUACCCCCCCAACCGCACUCCACCUCCUCCUCCCCCCCUGCUGCUCCUAUCGAAGUGGCAAUAAAGAGGAUGGACCGGGGCGGGCGGCAGGGCGACAGGGAGUUCCUAGUGGAGGUGGAAGUUCUGUCACGCUUGCACCACCGCCACUUAGUUAAGCUUCUCGGCUACUGUGUAGCACCGGGCGAGCACAUGCUGUGCUACGAGCUGCUGCCGAACGGCAGUCUGCACUCGUGGCUGCACGGGCCGCACUCCCACCACGCCUUCCUCGACUGGCCCGCGCGGGUCAGCAUAGCAGUGGGCGCGGCGAGGGGGCUGGCGUAUCUACACGAGGGGUCGCAGCCAGCGGUGAUUCACCGCGACUUAAAGCCGUCCAACAUCCUGCUGGAUGCGCGCAUGAGCCCCAAGCUCGCUGACUUUGGGCUCGCCAAGGCGGCGCCGCAGGGGGCGGAUGAGCACGUGUCCACCCGCGUCAUGGGCACCUUUGGGUACGUGGCGCCGGAGUACGCAAUGACGGGGCAUCUGAUGGUGCCCAGCGACGUGUACAGCUUCGGGGUGGUGCUGCUGGAGCUGCUGUCGGGCCGCAAGGCCGUUGACACCUCGAGGCCACUCGGCCAGGAAAGCCUCGUGCUCUGGGUGAGUCAUGCCGGUGCACUGUGUGCUCUGGUCCUGCCGGUGCACUUCCUGCCGGUGCACUGUGUGCUCUGGGCGCGUCCACUGCUCUCAAAGCCCUCCCGCUACGGCCACCUGCUGGACCCGCGCCUGCUCGCCUGCCCUUCACCGCCCCCUCCUGCUGCGCUGCACACUGUCGCCACACUCGCCAAUGCCUGCGUCCACAGCGACCCCGCCGCCCGCCCCUCCAUGAGCACUGUCGUCGAGCUGCUGCGCCGCGCACAACAGACAAGCAACGCCGACCAGAAGCAACCGUCCUUUGCGUCUCUGCUGUCACUGGAUACACUGUGCAUGGCAUCGCCUUGUGUGCAAGAGCAGGGCGGCUCCCUCAUGCCACCUGAUUCCAACCCCGAUUCCUCCUUGGGACCCCACAGCCCCAGGUCACUCGCAGCAGGAGCAGCAGAGACAGCAGACGAGAUCAAUCUGCUGCCAGCAGUCGGCGCAGCAAUGGGAAUGGCAACCCCUCUGUUGCCAGAAGUAGGAGCAGCCGAAGCAGCAGAAAUAGCGGAACCAGAGCGUGUCUCCUCCCGCCUGCUGGGUCUCAGCUUCCGCCUCGAGCUCACUGUGACUUGGGGAGGAGACAGCACAGAGACACAGGAACAAUGCUGGAUGGAGCAGUGA